CCCAAUUCACGCUUGCCAUCAUGCCCAUUCCCCUUAUUGCUCAGGGACUUCAAGAUGGCAUUGGCUCAAUUCCAUAUGCCUGGACUGUGAUCAAGACAGCGCCAUGGCUUCUCCUGAUUGCCGCGCUGAAGUAUUACUUUGGUGGAGCACGCAACACGUCCGAGCGGUUGAUGCACUCUAAGGUGGUGAUGGUGACAGGCGGCACAUCUGGCAUUGGAGCUUCCGUCGUCCAAGAACUAGCUAAACGCGGUGCCCAAGUCAUCCUCCUAACCAAGCAACCCCCCUCCGACCUCUUCCUCGUCGAAUACAUUGAAGACCUGCGCCGCACCACAGGGAGUCAACUCAUCUACGCUGAACAAGUGGACCUCUCCUCUCUACACUCCAUCCGUACCUUCGCCACGAAAUGGAUCGACAAUAACCCUCCCCGACGUCUCGACGCAGUCGUGCUCUGCGGUGGCGUCGCCGUUCCAUCCAGCGCACGCAAGAACACCAUCGACGGCAUCGACGAGGAAUGGCAGGUCAACUACCUUGCCAACUUCCACCUCCUCAGCAUCCUCAGCCCCGCACUGCGUGUACAACCCGCCCACCGAGACGUCCGAGUCGUCUUCGCAACCUGCUCCAGCUACAUCGGAGCUAAAUUCGAUCUGGACAUCGGCAUCUACGCCCUCAGCAAACUCUCCCUCAUGACCUUCGCCCACUCCUUCCAACGCCACCUAAACGCCUACGCCCGUCCAGACGGCCUCCCACCCUGCACACGAGUCCUAGUCGUCGACCCAGGUCUCUCCCGCACUCCGGGUACUCGACGCUGGCUCACAUGCGGGUCCCUCUUGGGUCUCCUGGUGUACCUCCUCACCUGGCCGCUAUGGUGUCUAAUCCUGAAGUCACCGCAGCAAGGCGCACAAAGUAUCCUCUACGCGCUGAUGGAGGAGAAUUACUCGCGCGGCGAGGGCGGGUGGAUGAUCAAGGAGUGUCGGGAGGUAGACUGUGCGCGCCGGGAUGUGCGGGAUGAGGAUCUUGGGAAGCGGUUGUGGGAGUUUAGUGAGAAGCAGAUUGAGGAGGCGGAGAAGGAGAGUGCUGUGAGGAGGGCGGUGGAGAAGAAGGAGAAGGAAGUGCAGGAGGAGAAGAAGGGUAGGACGGAGACGGCUUCGGGGAAGGAGAAGAGUGCUGGGUCGAGGAGGAGUCGGAAGGGGAAUAAGAGUUAG